AACAAUUCCGCUCCUAUUACAAAAUAACCUACUGGUAUCAAAGUUCCUAUCCAAUUCAAGAGAAACAGAGAAUCAAACACGAUGAAGCUGAGACUCAGAUCUUUGGAAUCCAAAGAAACCAUUAAAAUAGAAGUUCCCGAUUCCUGUUCUCUGCAGCAACUCGAAGAUACCAUUUCUCACACAAUCUCUUCGUCUCCUUUGUCUUCUCUGCAUCUCUCGCUCAACAGAAAGGACGAGAUUCGCGCCUCUUCGCCGGACGAGCCCCUCCACUCUCUCGGCAUCGCUGCCGGCGACCUCGUCUUCUACUCUCUCAGCCCCACCGCCUUCUCCCUCGAAACCCUACCCCACAAGCCAGAAACGGCUUCCCGCGACGGACCCACCAUCCAUGACUCACCGGAGAGCCUCCCCGGAGACGCCCCCUCGACUCCCGCCGCGGAAAAGCCUCCGACUUUGGAUGCUGCGGAAGCUGAUACCGUCGAUAUGACUGAUGGGUCUGACGAGGUGGUGGUGGUGAGUACCAAUUCCGAGCCUUUCUUUGUGAGAAGGGUUCUAAAAGAAGCGCUUGGGAACAACGUUAGUGAUUUCAAGUUGUUAGUGUUUACUGUCCAUGGUAUUGUUCUUGAAUCCGGGUUUGUUCGAGUCGAUCUGCAUUCGGGUAUGGUUGUUAGGUUUUCUCACCUGCUUGACUAUUCUCCUUCAGCGUUUUCUUCGGUGGUGUCUUUGAGGUAUACCCUGCCUGAGAUUCUGACUAAUGGUACUUCUCAUAGUGUGAAUUUGAAAUUUCAGACAUUGGGGCAUUUUGUGAAUGUGUGUGGGUCUUUGUCUGAUGAUGUUGGAUCGAGGUUGCAUUAUGUUUGUUUGGAUAAACGUAAGUGUGCUAGACCUUUGGAGUUGAUGCUGUCAAAUUCUGAAUCUAAAGGUAGUGUUAAUGAUGGGGGAGAUUUUCAGUUUGGAAAUGAAGUUUUUGAAAUGUGGAAGAUGCUGAAAGAUAGGCUUGCAUUGCCACUGUUGAUUGAUCUCUGUGAGAAGGCUGGUUUGGAUCUUCCACCUUGUUUCAUGUGGCUACCAAUGGAGCUUAAGCUCGUGAUUUUGGAGCGUCUUCCCGGUGUUGAUUUGGCGAAAGUGGCUUGCACCUGUUCCGAAUUGCGAUACUUGUCCACCAGCAAUGAGUUGUGGAAGAAGAAGUACGAGGAGGAGUUUGGACAAGUGGGAGAGAGUAGAGGGCGCAUUUUCAAGGAUUUGUUUGCUUUGUCAUGGAAAACAAAGAAGAGGUGGCAAGGGAUUUCUUAUCGUGGUUUUUCAAGACGCACUAUUCCCCCACCCAUCCAUUUUCGAAUUCCUCCAUUUUGGGGUGGAGGAUAUGGUGUGCAGCCAGUAGCAUUCCCUGGACACCCACCAAGGCGCUUUGUGGGUCCCUCGUGUGUUCGGAGAUUCAAUCAAUGACCCUCACUUUAAUUUUCCUCAUCAAGUGAUGUGUAGUGCUGGGACCAAAUCCUCGGUGUGGUUCACCUGAUCUCUCUUUUGCGUGGAUAAUUCAUUGCUAGAGUGACUGCAUCGUAUAUGAUUGGUUGUGAAUAAAUUAUGUUUUUGAGUAUUGAUUCUAGGCCCUUUUUUGGGUUAGUAUUGUGAAUUAUCUGGCAGAUUUGCUUCUUUAGUCCUUUGGUUAUAUGUUUUGAAUAAGAUGAUAGAAUCCAAAUAUGAUGUCAGGACAUAGUUUAUGUUCGAUCUUUAUGCAUUUGUCUUUGGUUUGCCGAGGGAAAACCAAAAAUGUAUAAACCUCGUGUUUUUGCUGUGUAAUAUUAUAGUAUUAGUAUAGUGUAGUAUAUAACUUUAUUAAUGUGAAGGGAUUUGGAUCUUGUGAUUGCUUAAUAAGUACUAACAGCCAAUUGUACUAA